AUGUCCAAUCUUUAUCUCGCAGUCAUUGGUGUUGGCGGUGUUGGGCAAGCCUUCCUUUCUCAAGUCGCUAACCUCCCCUCCACCCUGCGACCUAGCUUGAUCUUUGUCUCACGGUCAACCAAACAACUCUACAACUCAUCCUACAGCGCCGUCAAUGCAUCUGACCUCCAAUCCUCUUCCUCGAAACUUCUCUCCCUAUCCGAACUGUCCAGCUAUCUGUCUUCUGCUCCAGGCAAGACCAUUCUCGUCGAUAACACCUCCAGUCAAGAUGUAGCAGAUUCAUACCCGUCAUUCUUGAGUGCUGGCGUCAGUAUUGUUACACCCAACAAGAAAGCUUUCUCAAGUAACCUCAAACUAUGGAAUGAUAUCUUUUCCGCGGUCGAUUCCUCUAAUGGCAAGGCACUGAUCUACCACGAGUCCAGUGUCGGCGCAGGCCUUCCAGUAAUUUCGACCUUGAAAGAUCUAAUCGCGACAGGCGAUCAAGUCACACGCAUUGAGGGUGUCUUCUCGGGUACUAUGAGCUUCUUGUUCAAUUCAUUUGCACCAGCCGAUGGCUCUGGGAAGGGUAAAUGGUCUGAGAUUGUUGCCCAGGCUAAAGAUGCCGGGUAUACUGAGCCCGACCCAAGAGACGAUCUUAAUGGCAUGGAUGUCGCGAGAAAACUCACCAUCCUCGCUCGCUUGGCUGGUCUCAAAGUCCAAGCUCCUGACACAUUUCCUGUUCAGAGUCUGAUUCCGGAAGCACUGGCUUCGGCAAAGGAUUCUAGUGAGUUUAUGCAGCGGUUACCAGAGUUUGAUGGUGAGAUGGAGGCGUAUAAGGACCAGGCGGCCAAACAAGGGAAAGUGGUUCGGUAUGUAGGCUCUGUGGAUGUGGCUGCUGAGAAGGUCAAGGUAGGCUUGGAGUUCGUCGAUCAAGGGUCGCCAAUUGCUAGCUUGAAGGGGAGCGAUAACCUCAUGUGCUUCUAUACGAAACGCUAUGUUGCCAACCCCUUGGUGAUACAGGGUGCUGGUGCUGGUGGUGAGGUCACUGCCAUGGGGGUCACGGCAGAUCUGAUCAAGGCCCUUGAGAGGUUAAGGUAG